ACUAUUAUUAAAAUAUAUAUAGAAAUAGUUUUUUAAAUGCUUAAUGAAAGUAGCCCCUCGCCAAAAAAAAUAAACGGGCUUCCGAAGUCUAAUUGGUGUUUUAACGACUUUGAAAUUGGCAGACCUUUAGGAAGAGGGAAGUUUGGCAACGUUUUCCUUGCCAGAGAAAGACGAACAAAGUAUAUAGUUGCUUUAAAGGUUUUGUUUAAAUCCCAACUGCAGAAGGCCGAUGUAGAGCACCAGCUGCGUAGAGAAAUUGAAAUUCAGUCUCGCUUACAGCAUCCUCAUAUUUUGAAUCUACUCGGCUGGUUUUAUGACGACCGUAAGAUUUACUUGAUCCUUGAAUAUGCUCCACGCGGCGAACUUUAUAAAGAGUUGCAACUUUACGGAAAGUUUCCCGAAAACAGAGCAGCAAAAUAUAUUCGACAAUUGGCCGAAGCGCUCAUCUUCUUGCACAAGGAGAAAGUGAUUCAUCGAGAUAUUAAACCAGAAAACUUAUUACUGGGGAUCAACGGCGACUUGAAAAUUGCCGAUUUUGGUUGGUCCGUGCACGCCCCUUCCUCGAGAAGAACAACGCUGUGCGGCACUCUCGACUAUCUUCCUCCCGAAAUGAUAGAAGGCAAAGCACAUGACGACAAGGCAUUGUCAUGGCUAAAAAUCAUGAGACUAUUUACAAAUUGA